AUGGACCGGAUUUUGGAGGUGCCAGGCAUAUUGACCGCUUCACGUUGUACAGUGAAGAACAGAGACGGCAGAGAAGAACAAUCCCCAUACAAAGCACUCUUUGGUGUUGAGGCCAGAGUAGGUCUACGCUCAACUGCAUUUCCAGAAGAAGUUUUGAAGAUAAUGAUAACUGAAGAGGAUUUAGUUGGAGCUUACAAGGGCUCUGCCUACCCAGAAAGUCCACCCUGUGGCCAGAAUCAUCAAGGAAGACUUCAUAAGCUCCAAGAAGACAUAGCACUUCAACGGUCCAAAACAGCAGCUGGUCAGUUAGCUCAAGCUGAGCGCACGGUCAAACGUAGUCGUGUAGAAUAUGUCCCAGGUAAUCCAGGAGAUAACGUGACAAUUCCCAUCCCGUUAGUUGAUCGAAGAAAAGGUGUUCCACGAAAUGUUAUCGGUGUUAUCUUAGAUCGUAACGAAAAUGACAUGUAUCGAAUAGGCGUGAGAGAUGCAAUACUCAAGGGGCGCUACAGUAGGGGCCAGUUUGAUAUUUGCAGCCAGCAACUGUAUAGUAUUGGUGAAGUGAGUGCAGACAAGGAGGUAGGACUACGUCAUGCAGUACAGCAAUCAUCUAGGUUUGGUGGUCAAGGUUAUGCUAAGUGCAACUGUACUGUAGGCAAGAAACAGUGUCAAACAAAUCGCUGUAAAUGUUACAAAGAAGGUUACAAGUGCAAUAGUCGGUACCACUCUGGCUUGAAUUGUAAGAAUAAAAACUGA